AUGCUAUCAAAUGCAAUUCUACCUCAAAAUGGCACCAUCAAUGGCAGCCUCAGUGAAUUGCUCUCUAGCAGAUUUGAUGUUUCUACUUGUACACCUGUCUGCUUUGGUACAGCAAUUAAACAGGACAGGCACAGUCUUCAACAGAGAUGUAGAAGCAAUGAUCCAAGCAUCAUUCUUCAUAAAUAUUAUCAACCAGGAGAACUCAUUAUUGGUGCUAUAGUUUCUCAGUACAUGGUUGCUUCCGAAGAGACCAAAUUCAGAAGACAUCCAUUUCAUGAUAUCAUCCCCGAGUUCCUUUCAGUGACUCAAGCCUACCAACAUGUCGUAGCCUUGGUGUUUGCAGUAAAGGAGAUUAAUGAAAAUGCCCAGAUCUUAACCAAUGUCACCUUAGGAUUCAAGAUCUAUAACUCCUACUAUAAUGCAAGAUAUACUUAUGCAGCCACAAUGGAAUUACUCUCGACACCAAGCAGGUUCAUUCCUAACUAUAACUGUGAUCUCCAAAACCAUCUGAUGGCCGUUAUUGGGGGUCCAAACUCUUAUGAGGUUCAGUACAUGGCAAGCAUCUUGACCAAUUACAAAAUUGCACAGCUUGGAUAUUGCUCUGCUCCAGAGAUGAGUACCCAAGAUGCUUUCUUCCACUGGAUGUUCCCAAAUAAAAUUCAACAGCACAGGGGGAUUCUCUAUCUUCUAUUGCAUUUUGGAUGGACGUGGAUUGGGGUGUUAUAUAUUGAUAUUGGGAAACAGACACAGGUAUUACUACAAAAUGUGCUUCCCUUGUUUUCGAAAAAUGGCAUCUGCUUCGAUUUCAUCAGAAAACUGGCUGAAGGCUACCUCAAUGACUUUGACAAACUAGUAGAAGUGAUUCAUGAAACAUUAUUUUUUCUCUUGACCCGUACCUCUAAUGUGGUGAUUGUUCAAGGUGAAUUUCCAACUAUAGCAACUUUAAGUUUUUACUUCAAAGCAGCUGAAUUUUUGGUAACGUCAGAAUAUUCGAAAGUCUGGAUUAUGACAUCAGAUGUUGAUUUUGUAUCCAAUCCCCAGCAAAGGGGUUGGGAUUUAAAUUUCCUUCAUGGAUCUUUAUCCUUGGCUGUUAAUUUCAAAGAUGUUUCUGGCUUCCAUCAGUUUCUUCAAGCAAGAAACCCUGCUUUGGAGAAGGAAGAUGGCUUCCUAAGAGAAACCUGGCAACAGGUAUUUAAUUGUGUCUUCUCUAGUUUCACCGGAGACCAUAUGAGUGAGGACAUUUGCACUGGAAAAGAGGAGCUAGGGACUCUCCCCAUGUCGGUGCUUGAGAUGAGAAUGACAGCUCACAGUUACAGUGUCUACACAGCUGCGUAUUCCAUUGCAUAUGCUUUGCAUGCUAUGUACUCUUCUAUGGACAACCAAAAGGGAAUUGCAAAUGGAUGGAGACAGAAAGUUCAUCAACAGUCAUGGAAGAUGCAUCGCUUUCUUAGAUAUGUCUCAUUUAAUGACAGUAACGGAAGAACUAUUUCUUUUGACCAAAAUGGAGAGUUGGUAGGAGGGUUUGAUAUCAUUAACUGGAUCACAUUUUCAAAUCAGUCUUUUCUUAGAGUCAAAAUUGGAAAGAUGGACACAGAAACACCUUUAGACCGACUGUUGACUAUUUCCGAAAAAGUCAUUGUAUGGCCAACCCAGUUUGGACAGACCCAGCCCAUUUCAUUGUGUAAUGAGAAAUGCCAUUCAGGUUACAGAAAAAGCACAAAAGAAGGACAACAAUUUUGCUGCUAUGAUUGUACUCCAUGUUUAGGAGGGAAGAUCUCCAACCAGACAGACAUGGAUGAUUGCAUUCAGUGCCCAGAUGAUCAUUACCCAAAUAAAGACCGUGAUUCAUGCAUUCCCAAACCUAUCAGUUACCUAUCUUACAAAGACAAUUUGGGGUCCAGCUUGGCCACAACGGCUCUUGUGUUUUCUUUUACUACAAUUUACAUUCUCGGAAUCUUCCUGAAGUAUCACAACACUCCCAUUGUCAAAGCCAACAACCGCAGCCUCUCCUACAUCCUCCUCAUCUCCCUUCUCCUCGCCUUCCUUUCUUCCCUGCUGUUUAUUGGUCGACCCAGAAGUAUCACUUGUCUUCUUCGACAAACUGCCUUUGGCAUCAUCUUCUCAGUGGCAGUUUCUUGUAUGUUGGCCAAAACAAUCACAGUGGUUCUUGCAUUCAUGGCCACUAAGCCAGGAUCAAAGAUGAGGAUGUGGGUUGGAAAACGACUGGCCCUUUCUGUCAUUUUUUUCUGUUCCCUUGUACAGACACUACUUUGUGUAGUCUGGCUUUCCACCUCUCCCCCCUUCCCAAAUGUUGACAUGGACUCUCUUAGCACUGAAAUCAUUCUGGAAUGUAAUGAAGGCUCUGUUGUGAUGCUUUAUUGUAUAUUGAGCUUCAUGGGCCUUUUGGCUAUUGUCAGUUUUCUUGCAGCUUUCCUAGCCAGGAAACUACCAGACACUUUCCAGGAAACCAAAUCCAUCACUUUCAGCAUGCUGAUCUUUUGCAGUGUCUGGUUGUCCUUCGUACCUGCCUACAUGAGUACCAAAGGCAAAUAUAUGGUGGCCGUGGAGAUCUUUGCCAUCUUGGCCUCCAGUGGGGGAUUACUGAUUUGUAUCUUUUCCCCAAAAUGCUAUGUCAUCGUCUUGAGGCCUGAGCUCAAUAGAAAAGAGCAUCUGAUAAAAAGAGUCAAUUAA